GGGAGUUGUAGUUCUGGCCCGAUGUGGGUUGUGCGGAGGGGUCAGCUCUGCAGGGCGCUGUGGGGCUCUCAGGCUCCAGCCGCCUCUUCUCGGCCCCGUAGCGCAGAGCCCGGCUCUCUCCCCGUCCCACGCUGCUGGAGUUGUGGCAUCCCUCUCCCCGCUCGCGGGGGGCAGGGGCUGCCUCGCUUCUGUCCGGCCUGCCAGGCCCUGCAGCCCCCGGAGUCCCAGCCUGACCUCUUCCGCCUUAUGGGCUGGAAAGAGCGGGACUUUUCUGAACAACACUCUUCCUUGGUUAACAGAGCCUACCAAACCCUUCUAAGUCCCUUGAGACGUGGAUUGUACCUACUGGAGCUGAAUGGAGUGGAACUGGCAAAAGGGACAGACAGUGACAUAGAUGUGGAGUUCCUCAAGGAAAUCAUGGAACUCAAUGAGACACUGGCAGAACCUAAUAAUGAGGCUAAAAUAGAAGAGAUUGAAAGUUUCAUUGAAGUUAAACAAGAAGAAUUGACCAAGGAUGUGAGAAAAGCUUUUGAAAGAGAUGAUCUUCAAGAAGCCAAGAAACUUCUAAACAAAAUGAAAUACUUUGAAAACUUGGAGGACAAGGUGAAGAGCAAGAAGAACCCUUCCUGAUAUCACAUUCUUUGCCAUUAAGAUCUGAUCCACUUUUGAUUAAAGUAGUGAUUGGUAGUUUCUGAUUCAGGAACUAAAAGGAGCACAA